UGCAUGCAUGCACGCACCUGCAUGCCGAGCACCAUGACAGACGGCAUCGCCCGCGGGCCCGUGCGCGGCGGAUUUCACAACACGGGAAGUUGGCCAAGGCCGGUGAGCUGUGAGGGCGAGAGAGUGGCGGAGGCGGCGGCAGCAGCGGUAGCAGCAGCAGAGGUUACUCACCUGGAUCACCUGCCUGCCCCACGGCCGUUAGGUCAACAGCACCGGAUCCGUAUAAAAGACGCGCAUGCCGUCUCGCCUCAUCCAUACAAGGCUCCGCCGAGCAACGAGAAGCUCACACGCCGCGUCAUUUCGCCACACGCACACGCAAAUAGACACGCGCACACGCACACACGAGAAGGAGGAGGCGCAAUCGAAAAAGUGAGAGUGAGAAUUAGAAAGUCAAGUUCGAUCACCCAGCACGUUUCACAAGAGAUAAUGGCGUUCGCUGAGCGAGUCAUUGGUGCACUAGGCACCACUGGAAUAAUCGUCACAGCUCUAUGCGUACUGAUCCUAACCCAAGUGUCUCCCUGGCUGAAGGCGAGGUGGUGGAGGAAGCUGCCACCCGGCCCGUGGGGGUGGCCUGUGUUCGGAAGUCUCCUGCACAUGGGCGAGUUGCCCUUCCUCUAUCUAACAAAGCUAGCAAUGGAGAGGUACCCAGAGGGUCUGUUUAGCGUGUACUUUGGCAGCAAGCAGGUGAUCGUGCUGUCUGACCCAGCACUGGUGCGCGAAGCAUUCAGGAGAGAGGAGUUCUGUGCUCACCCACAGGUGGGAGAGUCAGAUGACAUCAUUGGCACAUACGGAAUCUUCCAGUCGGAGGGAGCGGUGCUGCAGCAGCACCGUCGCAUAUUUCUGCAGUGGCGGCGGUUGUUGGAACGUCCUGACGCCGAAACGGGCAUCGCAAGCGCCCUCGAGCGGGCGAUGAUAGAAGAGCUGACGCGGCUGUCCCGCUUUAUCACCUUACAGCAUGGCAGGCCACUCGACGUCAGAGGGCUGUUUAGAAGCAGCGUAAACAACUUGAUUCUGUCUCUGUUAAUGAACACAACGCUGGACUAUGACAGUCCCAAGGUUGCCAGUUUCCUCACUGAGCAGGAGAAAGGCUUACAGGCAUUUGGCAAGAUCAUACUGAUGAAUUUCCUGCCUAUGCUAAAGGCAGUGCCAGGAUUUCGCUCGGCUGGUGCGGAAGUGAGAAAAAGCCACUCUGCAGCAACACGCUUUGUGAAGAUGAUCCUAGAUGAGCACAGACAGACACUAGAUGGCAGCAGUGGUCAGCACUUGGCAGAUGCGUACCUGUUAAAGCAGGAAGAUGGUCGAUCCGUCGAUGGCCUCUCAGAGCAACAUAUUGUGCAAGCACUUUGUGAUCUAUUCAGUGCCGGCUUUGACUCUACUGUGAGCACACUAAUGUGGGCUCUACUCUACCUCAUUAAACACCCUGAAGUACAGGAGCGCAUUCAGGCUGACAUAGAUCGAGUGGUAGGUCAGGGGCGCAUGGUGCGUCUACAGGAUAGAAAGAAUCUGCCCUACCUAGAAGCAACAAUCAUGGAAGUACACAGGGUAGCCAGUAUCAAUCCACUUGGUGUUUUUCACGGUGUGAAGCAUGAUACGACAUUGAGGGGCUAUCACAUACCCAAGGGUGCAUUUGUUGUUGGCCUGCAGUGGGCCAUCCACAAAGAUCCACGCCACUGGCACCGCCCAGACCUCUUCAACCCUGACCGUUUCUUUGACAAUGGCAAGCUAUGUAAACCAAAUGCAUGGAUGCCAUUUUCGGCAGGGCGGCGAGCAUGUCUUGGCCAGCAUCUUGUUUCAAAAGAACUGUUUCUCUACCUUGGCAACCUGCUUCAGCGCUUCCGUUUUACGCUGCCACCUGGUGGUGACAUGCCCGACUUCAAAGGUGUGAUGGGAAUCACAUUGUCACCGCCGGGCUACUGUCUCUCGGCCUCUGAACGAUGCAUGAGCACCACCGACAGAAUAGCAUCAAAGGGCUAGCAGAAAGAUGGAAAUACAGCUGCAUGCAAUAGAAGGAGAAUUUCAAUGAUGGCAAAUGAUGAUUGUGGAUUGUCUCAUGGUCAACUUUAAAGUGCUGUCUCAUUUGUUAUAUUAAUAAAGUAGUGCCGUUUAAUGCAUUAUUUUAUGCACAUUCUAGUCAGCAUUGGGUGAAUGUCCCAGUGUUUGUUCUGUGCAACGUGUUAAAUACACAUAGUAGCACUUCUUUAGAAAUAUAAAGGACCCAUUCUUUACCUCAAGAUGUAAGAUCUAUAUUUUAGCUAUUUUUUAUGGUUUUAUUAUUUUUAGUGCCAUAUUUUCAAUGUUUUAUAUAUGCAUGUGAUGUUUUUGUUGUAAGAGGAUACAGAAAACUGAAUGUGCAAACUUGUGCAAAUUAAUAUUUCAAAUGAAGGAGUAGUUAUACGGGGAUUUUUUUACCCGUGAUUAAAUCGCAUCCACACUUGAAAUAUGCAUUAUAAUAUAGUAUUUGAGUAAAUGUGUUAUCACGUUUUUUUAUUGUGUGUGUGUAUGGAGAAUUGAUAAGCAGGCGCUAUUCAUUUGGUGCUCCUGAUGAUGGAAAGAGGAAUAUUGCACGUCUUAUAUUCACUGCCCGUGUAAACGCCAAUCAUAACGUGUAGAUUAAACAUGAAAGAACCUUUUUUUUUAUUAUUGAAAAAUGCCUAUAUGUAUAUAAAAUGUGAAUUGAUAUUGUGUAUUGUAAAUAAAUGAAUAUUCAAACAUGCAUUUGAUCUUAGUGUAUCUGAUGAAGACAAAACUAGUUUAUUAAACUAUAUCUCAUGGUCGUUUGUUAAUUGUAUGUUGAAAUCGGUUUUCGUAUUUAAGUGAAAUGUUGUUUUUGUGUUUUCAUACAUGUAUGAGUCAACUGAGAUUGUUAAAGUUCUUCUAAAAUGUAUCUCUCUGUUAUUUUCAUGUUGCACAUAUAGGUGCCUCAUUAAGUGUCACUGUGGGAAAGUGGUCUAUACCACUCGCAUCUAAAAAAAAAAACGAUUUCCAUUGAAUGAUCGAAAUAAUCGUGAUGCAAGCUAGACCAUUUACUUCACCACAUUAAACAGGUUUUAUCAUCAUCUGAUGUAUUCCUUUGUCAAGGUCGUGUUUAUGACAGCACAUGUGCAAUCAUAUUCCUGGUAAUUAAACACAAAC